AGGACGCCAUGUUGUGAGAGGAAGUGGAAAUCAGUGUGUGUGAGUGAGUGAGCAGGGAGAGGAGCUGCGCUGGAGCGGUACACGUUCGCCCGCUACCGGACAAGCGACACCGGAGCUCACAGCAGAGCGGGCGGCCAGCUGAGGGAGUCGGCUCCUUUCGCGGUUUCUCUGUGGGACGCCCCGGGGCACUCUGUUCCUCGUUCGGCAAAGAUGCCGCUGGCGCAGCUAGCAGACCCAUGGCAGAAACUGCCGGUGCAGAAAGUGGAGAGCGAGAAUGGACAGCAGUUUGCAGAUGAAUCGAUGUGUGAAGAAGACAAUGAGAACAAUGAUGAAGAAAGGAUAAAUGAAAUUGCAAUUACGCACCAUGUUAAAGAAGGAUAUGACAAAGCUGACCCCUCACAGUUUGAGCUUCUCAAGGUACUUGGACAAGGCUCAUUUGGAAAGGUAUUUCUUGUUCGAAAAAUCUCAGGAACUGAUGCUGGGCAACUAUAUGCAAUGAAAGUAUUAAAAAAAGCCACACUUAAAGUUCGAGAUCGUGUCAGAACAAAAAUGGAGCGUGAUAUUUUAGUGGAAGUUAAUCAUCCGUUUAUUGUUAAAUUGCACUAUGCUUUCCAAACAGAAGGCAAACUAUACCUAAUUUUGGAUUUUCUCAGGGGUGGGGAUUUGUUUACACGCUUAUCCAAAGAGGUAAUGUUCACUGAAGAAGAUGUGAAAUACUACCUGGCAGAAUUGGCACUUGCUUUAGAUCAUCUACAUACACUUGGGAUAAUAUAUCGGGACCUUAAGCCAGAAAAUAUAUUGCUGGAUGAGGAGGGUCACAUCAAAUUGACAGAUUUUGGUCUUAGUAAAGAAUCUAUAGAUCAUGAGAAGAAAGCAUACUCUUUCUGCGGGACAGUGGAGUACAUGGCUCCGGAGGUUGUAAAUAGACGUGGCCAUACACAGAGUGCCGACUGGUGGUCUUUCGGGGUUCUCAUGUUUGAAAUGCUGACGGGUACCUUACCAUUUCAAGGAAAGGACAGAAAAGAAACUAUGACCAUGAUUCUGAAGGCCAAACUUGGGAUGCCUCAGUUUCUUACUCCAGAAGCUCAAUCACUCCUCCGUAUGCUUUUUAAGAGAAACCCCACCAACAGAUUAGGAGCAGGACCUGAUGGUGUAGAAGAAAUUAAAAGGCAUCCUUUCUUUGCAACAAUUGACUGGAAUAAAUUGUAUAGAAGAGAAAUCCAGCCUCCAUUCAAGCCAGCCACAGGUGGUCCUGAAGACACAUUUUAUUUUGAUCCAGAGUUCACUGCAAAAACACCCAAAGACUCCCCUGGUAUUCCGGCAAGUGCCAAUGCGCACCAGCUCUUCCGUGGAUUUAGCUUUGUGGCUAUUUCUUCUGAGGAAGAAAACCAGGCUAUACAAACAGUUGGCGUUCAUGGCAUUGUUCCGCUUCACAGAAAUAGCAUCCAGUUUACUGACGGUUAUGACUUGAAGGAGGAUAUUGGGGUUGGCUCCUAUUCUAUUUGUAAAAGGUGCAUUCACAAGGCCACCAAUAUGGAGUAUGCUGUAAAGAUAAUCGAUAAGAGUAAGCGAGAUCCAACAGAAGAAAUUGAGAUAUUACUACGUUAUGGCCAGCAUCCAAACAUUAUCACAUUGAAAGAUGUAUAUGAUGAUGGAAAGUAUGUAUAUUUAGUAACAGAACUAAUGAAAGGAGGGGAGCUUUUGGACAAAAUCCUACGGCAGAAGUUCUUCUCAGAAAGGGAGGCAAGUGCCGUGCUGCACACUAUAACCAAAACUGCAGAAUACCUCCAUUCACAAUGGGUGGUCCACAGAGAUUUAAAACCCAGCAAUAUUCUUUACGUGGACGAGUCUGGAAAUCCAGAGUCUAUUAGAAUCUGUGACUUUGGGUUUGCAAAGCAGCUCAGGGCGGAAAAUGGAUUGCUGAUGACUCCUUGUUACACUGCUAACUUUGUUGCACCGGAGGUUCUAAAGCGCCAGGGUUACGAUGCUGCAUGUGAUAUUUGGAGCCUGGGUGUUCUCCUCUAUACUAUGCUUACUGGAUAUACACCUUUCGCAAAUGGACCUGAUGAUACUCCAGAAGAAAUAUUAGCAAGAAUAGGUAGUGGAAAGUUCACUCUAAGUGGCGGUUACUGGAAUUCUGUUUCUGAUAUUGCUAAGGAUUUGGUGUCAAAAAUGCUUCAUGUGGAUCCACAUCAAAGAUUAACAGCAGCCCAGGUACUAAAGCAUCCCUGGAUAGUGCACUGUGACCAGCUGCCUCAGUUCCAGCUCAAUCGCCAGGAUGCCCCUCACCUAGUAAAGGGAGCUAUGGCAGCAACAUACUCUGCUUUGAACCUCAAUCCAUUGUCUCCAGUGCUGGAACCUGUUGGUCGUUCCACUCUUGCUCAAAGAAGAGGCAUAAAGAAGAUUACCUCCACUGCCCUGUGAAUGUGAACUCUUAUGCCUACAGAGCGCUAGAGCUGAAGAUUCACAGCACAAAACCAAGCCAACAGAGAUAGCACAUAUCAAAAAGAGACACUCCGGCAGGCACCUGCUUGCUGCCGGCCCCCCAUCAAUGCUGCUGCUUUUUGUCUGUUCUCUCUAUACAUUGUUGAUGGCAACCCUUUUACCUUACUGACUCGAAUGACCAGUCUGUGAUAUGAUACAAGUGAAAGACUGGUCCUCCAACAGCGGAGCAAUAAGACUUCCUCCCUAGCAUGAAGAAUACACUGAAACAAUGGCAACCAAUAUUUUUUAGAGGGAGCGUUUUUAGUGGCCCAUCUCAGCGGGUUGUAGAUACACUCUUUAUUUUGAGCACUUAUGUGAUUUCAAAGCUGUGUUUCUUAAAUCCCCCCGUACUCUGUGCCAUGUAGACAUUUCCGUUCAUUUCAUGGCUAUUUUCUAUGUUUCAUAUGUUGCCUGUUUUCUUUUUAUGCUCUAAUUUACCUCUGUUGUUUUUUUUCUAUUCAGUUGUUCUUAUGCCUUGUAUUGGUUUCAAAAUGUAGUCCUGUACGUUCUGAGAGGGUGCAAUGGUCUACUGGUGUGUAUGUACUUGGAAUAGUGCGUCUGAAUGUAACAUGAUCACACACUUACAGGAGAAUAUGAGCCUGUUCCUCUAGAGAAUGGCAGUCAAUGAUAUCGAUUGAGCUGCAUGCUAUGAGUUACCACAAAUGAUUACAGCAGCAGUACUUGCCUGUGUCUGUCAUUAUCAUGUUAAGUUCACGCUUUACUGCCUUUUUUAUAGUACUCAAUUUGUACAUGUUGGGUUUAAAUUUAUUCUGAAACUAAGUCCAACCUUUAGCUCUCCCAGACCACCCAUGCCUUGCCUCAGGUGUGAUCAAAGCUUCAUAUGACGGGAGUUGGGUAGGUUCUUUUAGGUUAUCUAUAGCAUGUAUGAUGUGAGAAUUCCUGCGCUGGCUGCCAUAGGGACACACCACAUCCUCUGUAUGCUUAAUAGGAACAGUUCAUGUUUAAGCCACUGAGCGUGCCGGUGCCCUCAGCUUUUCUACCCCAUUGACAAAACUAGCUGAGAGAGUUAAAUUUUUUCUGCAUAGUAGAUAAGCAAGCAAUAGUACACAUAAGCAUUCAUUGAUUUUUUUUUUUGUACUGAUGAAAGUCGCUGAUCUCACUAAGCCUUUAGAAUGAGUUAUAACUGAACUGUGGUCUUAUCGUAUAGCAAGGGAGCAGUCAGCGGAUGAUAUACUGAGAUGUAACCUAACUUAUUUCAACAGCAUAUUUGGCUGCUUAAAUUAGAUGAAAUGUGGUGAGGGACAUUCAUACUAUUGUUCCUCCCACAUUUGUGCUAUUUCCCCUUUUAAUUUUGGAUUAAAAAAGUACAAUAUAUAUAUAUAUAUAUAUAUAUAUAUAUAUAUAUAUAUAUAUAUAUAUAUAUAUAUAUAUAUAUAUAUAUAUAUAUAUAAAUAAUAUACCGUAUAUAAAAUCAACUGACACACCAAUAUGUGAUUAGAUUUUUUUUUUUUGUUAAAUGAUUUUGGCAUUUACCUUCUUUUUCUCACUGCAGAGCAGACGUCUUGAGGAGAUAAUUCAUGAGAAGACUGUGUUGUAUAACGGAUGAGUUUGCUUUCCUGAAAAUGAUGUGCAUUACGAGCUAAUUCCAACACAGAAUAAAGGGACAUUGUACACAAAGGGAUGUAAUUAUUUUGCAGUUACUGUAUCUCUGGUUGGGUGGGCUGUGUAACUUUUUUUUAAUACAAAUCAUAGAGAAUAUUUUUCUACACUUAUGUACAAUCAUUCUUUAUAUUAGACUUCACAUGGCAUGUCAGUACAAUUAUGAUACUUGAAGUAUAAUUCUGAAUUUCUCCCUUUGCCAUCGGUUUUUGGAAGAUGCUUAUCAAUGCUUCCAUUGCAGUAAAGUAGAACACAAUGUCAUAGUAAAAUUAAUGUAAGAAUAUUUCUCGCCAUCUUUCUUGAAAAAAAAUAAAUAAAUAACCAUAAAACCUGUAUCCACUAUGAUCGAUUCUUAAUGGUAUUCAUUGCUUGUACAUUUCUCCUAAUCAGUUUUGUAAUCUUCUAAAGAAAAUGCAGACAUUUAUAUAAUAAACUUUAAAAUACCUACAUGAA